CAUAUUGAGACCUGAAGCACCCUAGUGGUUCAUUCGUCUCAUCCAUUGUGACUGAGGUUGUCUGACUCUCAGAGAUUCCAGUGUUUCAAGCGAACUCUUCCAAACAGACACAGCUGAUUAGCCAUGCCUGCUGACUACUCUGGAACCUGGGACUUUGUUAGUCAUGAAAACUUUGAAGGUUACAUGAAUGCCCUAGGUAUCGACUUUGCCACUCGCAAGAUUGCCAACAUGUUGAAACCUCAGAAAGUUAUUGAACAAGAUGGUGACACCUUCUCAAUCAAAACUCUAACUACUUUCAAAAACUUAUCCUGCUCAUUCAAGAUUGGUGAGGAGUUUGAAGAAGUGACAAAAGGCAUGGACAACAGGAAAUGCCAGUCAACUGUCAACUGGGACGGUGACAAACUGGUAUGUAUCCAGAAGGGUGAAAAAAAGAACAGAGGGUGGACUCAUUGGAUAGAAGGAGACCAACUCUAUCUGGAAUUGCAAUGUGAAAACCAGGUUUCCAAGCAAAUCUACAAAAAGAGUGCCUAGCUUAUCGCAUGGUCUAAUGAUCAAAUUAUGGAUUUUUACAUUGGAGCAUAUAGCGGAUAAUAUCUUUUAUGAUAUACACACCCUGGAGCGAAUAAUAUUUACUUUUUAAAUUUUUCGAUUAUUGAUUAAUACGUGAACCGUACAUUUUGAUUUUCAUCCAACAGAAUAAAAGAAAUAAAAUGUACAGCCCCAUUUAUUUCUGUUAGCAAGCCCUACUUUUACUUAUAACAAGACACUGAUUUCUGUAAACUGUUUAAAUACAAUAAACCUUACAUCAUGGUGAUGUUGUUA